AUGUUAAUUUUUUGUAUAUUGAUUGAAUUUUUUUUGAAGGUGUUGGCAAAAGAGUUUUCGUUUGGAAUCAUAUUGGGAUCAAACUUAACUUAUGAAACUCAAUCAGAUUAACCCUGCUAUAUCAUAAAUUAAAAAUUAAAGAAUAAGCAAUCAUAAGAAAUCAAUCUAGUACUUGAAUUUAAUGAGAAGACAUUUGCGAAUUUUUAUGAUAAUGGGAAAUUGAAUGGAGAUAUCAAUUUUAUAGUUUAGAUGGUACCAAUUUCAACUGGUGCAGUUGUAUUGAGCAAUAAAGGGGAAUUAAUUUAUUUAAAAUUAGUAGAGAAUUCUUUUCAAUUGGCUGAUUCAAAGAUGUUAUCUAUUACAAAAUAAGUAUUCCUCAAACCUGUGUAUCUGCAAUACAUCUAGAAUUCGAAUGAUUUGUUGAUCCUUACUGAAUGGCAAAACUUUGAAAAUCAAAUUGGAUAAGAGGGCUAAUCAAUUUUUUGCGAAAUUAUAAAGAUUUAUGAUGUUUUCUUAACGGAAAAUAUAAAGAGUGUGGCCAUUCUCGAAGACUUACUAUUUGUGGCCUCAGGUGAAUAAGGGUUGCAUGUCUAUUAGGUGAGCAAAAGAGUAUUUGAACAGAUACAAUGCACUGUGGAAUUUAAAAACAUUACAGAUAUAAGAGUGGUUUCGGAGAAUUCAGUGGACUAUAUUUUUGCACUUGACUAUGAAAAAGGCAUCAAAGUAAUCACUUUCAAUACUAAAACAGGAUUGUUCUACGAAAAUAAAUCAUUAACUAAUAUACCAUAUAGAGGGGAGAUUAUUGAUUUGUAUUAGGAUGUGUUAAUGGUUGUUAAAGAGAAGGAAAUUGAUUCUAUAAUUCAUGAAUUGCGUAUUUAAUAUGAGACUAAUACAUGGAGGUUGAUCCAUUAACAUUCAGCAUAGAAGUACAUUCAAGAUAUUGAAAUGACUGAGAAUUACGCUAUCAUUUUAGGGAGAAAUGGACACGAAAUAAUAUAUCAUUCUCUCCCUUCUUAUGAUAUUAAAAUUCAGGAUAAAAUUAUUAUACCUGGAUUACAGAAACUCUUUUUUCUUGAUAAAACCCAGUCUAAUAACAUUUAGGUGUUCGGAGUAACAAAACAUAUGUUCUUCACUACAAGACUAUAAUUGUUUCCUCAAUUCAUUAGUUGUUUCUAUAGCAAGGAGGAAAAUGAGAUAAAGUUUACUUAUCAUCAGAACUCUACAAAAUGUCCUGGGUCAGCUUAAAAUAAGAUUUGCCAAUUCAAAUAAAAUUACACUGUUCAAUUUGUUCACCCUAUUCUUUUACAUCGGAACAAUCGAUCUAUGUGUAUAUAACAUGUCUGA